CCAUAGUCCCCUACUCCCUACAUAACAACACUAUAUCACAUUACCCUCAAACUCAAACCAACCAAACACAACACAACCUUCUCUCUCUCUUUCUCUCUCUAACUUUCCCUCCUUCCCAUACACCCUUCUCUCACGUUCCUUCUCUUCUCCUUCUCCUUCUUCUCUUGAGAUUCGCGCCCAACCAAGAUCUUCACAGAAUCGCUUUCAUUUAAACCAAAGGCGGCGACCAUUUAUUUCUACCAUUACAACCUUCCCAUCUCUGACGCCAUUUUUCUUCGUGCACUCUCUUCUCACCAUAAUUAACAAAAAAUCAAUAAACUAUUACCGCAUUCAAUUCAUUCCAUUCCCUAACACGCUUCCACAACCUUCUUCUCUUCCAUUCUUCUUCCACUUUAACUUCUUCUCCCUUCCUAACACUCUUCGUCUUCUUACGUAUUACUUCCACUCUUCACCUGCACUUUCUCACGCACGCACGCCGGGUUCUCGGUGGGUUUCUUGGCAUGGCAGGAAACGAACCAAAUGGUCGUCUGCCUUGUCGUUUUGUCUCCAACUGAAAAAAAAAGUUGUGUUUUUUUUGUUUUAUAGUAUACUAUAUAGUUUUUUCUCGCGGUCGGUUUGAAGAAGAGUAGUUAGAAAGGUGAAAAAAAUGAAGUUCAUGAAGUUGGGUUCGAAGCCUGAUGCUCUUCAAGCUGACGGAAAAUCUGUUAGAUAAGGUUUGAGAACUUCACUUGUGGAUGGAUUCUGUGUGGAUUUUCAGCCUCUUUGUGAACCGUAUGCGACAACGAAGUGUCAUCUGUCAUGCAUGUGGCGUAUAUGUAUAUGUAUUUAACUGGAAAGUGAGAAACACGUUUGGACAGUUGAUAUUAAUUUCGAUAUGUCUCCAGGUAUAUAUCAUCUGAAUUGGCUACAGAUAUUCUCAUAACUGUUGGUGAGGUGAAGUUUCACCUGCACAAGUUCCCUCUAUUGUCCAAGAGUAAUCGGUUACAAAAGUUGCUGACAAAGGCUAAUGAAGAGUGUUCUGAUGAAAUUCAAUUGGAUGAUUUUCCUGGUGGUUCCAAGGCCUUUGAAAUAUGUGUAAAGUUCUGCUAUGGAAUGACUGUUACUCUCAAUGCUUACAAUGUUGUGGCUGCUCGUUGUGCAGCUGAGUACCUUGAAAUGACCGAGGAUAUUGAGAAAGGGAACUUAGUUUUUAAAAUUGAGGUAUUUCUUACCUCCAGUAUAUUUCGUAGUUGGAAGGAUUCUAUAAUUGUUCUCCAAACUACUAAAUCUCUUCUUCCAUGGUCUGAGGACCUAAAGAUAGUUGGCAGAUGCAUAGAUUCCAUAGCCUCUAAAACUUCUGUGGACCCAGCAAACAUCACUUGGUCCUAUACUUAUAACAGGAAGUUAUCAGAACUUGAUAAAAUUGUUGAGGACAAGACAGCACCACAUGAGAAAAUUGAGCCUGUUCCCAAGGAUUGGUGGGUUGAAGAUAUAUGUGAGCUUGACAUUGAUCUAUAUAAACGGGUUAUGAUUACAAUCAAAUCCAAGGGAAGAAUGGAUGGAGUUGUGAUUGGUGAAGCACUAAAAAUGUAUGCUGUCAGAUGGUUGCCUGAUUCUGUUGAUGCAUUGGUUUCCGAUGCUCAUGCCCGGAGGAACAAAUCUCUAGUAGAAACAAUUGUCUGUCUAUUGCCAUGUGAUAAUGGCAUGGGUUGUUCAUGUAGUUUCUUGCUGAAGCUAUUGAAAGUGGCCAUAUUAGUAGAAGCUGAUGAGUUUUCAAGGGGACACUUGAUGAAGAACAUUGGCCUAAAAUUGCAUGAAGCUUCUGUCAGAGAUUUACUGAUUCCAGCAAGGCUUCCCCUAAUCACCAAAUUUGAUAUUGAUUUGGUGCAAGAUCUUUUGAAUCUAUACAUGACUAACUUAAGGGGAAGCCGUGAUAUUGAGAGUGAGGAAAAGAAAGACAAAGCAAACGAGUCUAUGUUAGGACAGAGGUCUUUAUUGAAUGUUGGCAAGUUGGUGGAUGGCUAUCUUGGAGAAGUUGCACAUGAUCCAAAUCUCGGCCCUACUAGUUUUGUCGAUAUCUCACAGUCAAUUCCAGAUUUUGCCAGACCAAAUCAUGAUGGUCUGUACAGAGCUAUAGAUAUCUACUUGAAGGAGCACCCAGGUUUGACAAAAACUGAAAGGAAGAAGAUAUGUGGUCUAAUGGAUGUUAAGAAGUUGACAGUGGAUGCAUCAAUGCAUGCUGCACAGAAUGAGCGUCUUCCCCUUAGAGUGGUUGUGCAGGUUCUCUAUUUCGAGCAGAUAAGAGCUGCUGCCGCCUCCAACGGCCGGACACGUGGCAACAGUCCACGCGACUCCUCGAGCACUGUUGUGAAUGGUGAUGGGGAGUGUGUGAAAAGCGGGGGAGAGAGCUGCCAUUCCCACAACACCCAGAUGUGUGAGUUGAAGACGAGAGACGAGGAGUUUCAGAAGAAUGGGAAGCUUAACAAGAAGAGUAGCAAAAACAGCAGAAGUGGCAUGCAGUUGCUGCCAUCAAGAUCAAGGAGAAUCUUUGACAAGUUAUGGAUUGUUGGAAAAGGGCAAGGAGAGAACAGGAGUUCAGAGACUUCAGGGAGUUCUAACAGUCCAACAUCUGUAGUCCCUGGAGACACCAAAUCAUCUGGUUCAUCAUUGAGACACAGGAGGCAUUCUAUCUCUUAAGGGAAAGGAGAGUGAAAUUGCUGUGAAGUGUAAAGUGUUAGGAUGUUAAAUUGUCUUGUUUUAUUCAUAUGCAUGCACAGAAUCAGGAAACAAAUGUAAUGACAACCUUAUAGUUGUUUCUUAAGUCUCUGUAUCAUUAUUCUGGCUAGUUUUUUUGUCUUAAAUUCUUCAAAACCUGUCAGUAGUUUACUGCUCU